AUGAGAGAUUUUAUUGGCUUAGGAUAUUCAGAAUUGACCAAAGACUUUUGUACUUGCAAAGGCCAGCAGCCAAGAUAUUCAUGUACUUUGCACUGUAACAGACUAAUACCUACAAAAAUAUUUGUAAAGACUGUGAUUAUUCCCACUCAUUUUCAAUUGAAGAAGUUUUUAAGAGGAAGAAUUGAAGAUUUGAGAUUAGGAACAAAGAUUUGGGAGAACUUGUGUAGGUUUUGUUUAUUGAGAAAAGAUUUUGUAUCAAAGUUUGACCAGGUUUCUACACUGAACUACUACUGCUAUUUAUGUUAUUUUGGAUUGGGAAAAUUAUAUGACUGGGGUCAGAUUACGGUCAUUUUGAGUGGCUCCAUUGUGUUCUUUAGCAAAGGUAAGUCAUAG